AAAAGAGUAACGAGAUAGAAAGCGCGUUUGACCUCGUAAAUAAAAUCUCAUUCUCCACUCAGUCCCAAAUCUCACAUAAACCCAACGCAUUCAUUCGCAUAUUUAUUUUGGGUUGAGCAAACAACAAACCCAACCCAACCCAACCCAAUUCCAAGCGAUGGGUGACAUAGUAAAGCAGAUAUUGGCCAAACCGAUCCAGCUGGCAGACCAAGUCACCAAAGCCGCCGACGAAGCCACCUCCUUCAAGCAGGCAUGCGCCGACCUCAAGGCCAAGACGGAGAAGCUGGCUCUCAUGCUCCGGCAGGCGGCGCGUGCCAGUUCCGACCUCUACGAGCGACCCACGCGCCGGAUCAUUGAGGAAACCGAACAGGUCCUCGACAAAGCCCUCUCCCUGGUCCUCAGAUGUCGUGGCAACGCGCUCAUGAAGCGCGUGUUCACCCUCAACCCCGGCGCCGCCUUCCGCAAAGUGUCCUCCCACCUGGAGAAUUCCAUCGGCGACAUCUCGUGGCUGCUCCGCGUCUCGGCCCCCGCGGACGGUCUCGGCGGCGACUACCUCGGCGGGCUGCCCCCCAUCGCGGCGAACGAGCCCAUCCUCUGCCUGAUCUGGGAGCAGAUCGCGGUCCUCCACACGGGCCCCACCGAGGAGCGGGCGGACGCCGCCGCCUCCCUGGCGUCCCUGGCGAGCGGCAGCCAGCGGUACGGGAAACUGAUCCUGGAGGAGGGCGGCGUGGGCCCCCUGCUGAAGCUUCUGAAGGAAGGGAAAGGCGAGGGUCAAGAGAACGCGGCACGUGCCAUCGGGCUCCUUGGGCGUGACCCCGAGAGCGUGGAGCACGUGAUCCACGUGGGCGCGUGCUCCGUGUUCGCGAAAACCCUGAAAGAAGGCCCAAUGAAAGUCCAAGCCAUGGUGGCCUGGGCCGUGUCGGAGUUCGCCAAGAAUCACCCCAAGUGCCAGGACCUCUUCGCUCAGCAUAACAUCAUUCGCUUACUCGUUGGCCACCUCGCUUUCGAAACCGUCGAAGAACACAGCAAGUACGCCAUCGUCAGCAUGAAACCCAACUCCAUCCACGCCCUCGUCAUCGCCAGCAAAAAGGAAGAUCCAUUUCACCCACUCGAUAAACAACCACCCGUCCCUCACCCCCUCGGUGAAAGACCCCGCAAUCUCCACAGAGUUAUCACUAGCACAAUCGCAAUGCACGCCGCCACCAAACACGGAAACGAAACAAAUCCCAAUCCCAAUCAGAAUCAGAAUCAGAAUCAGAAUCAGAAUCAGAAUCACCAGCGAAACUACUCACAUUCGGGGAUUAACAUGAAAGGAAGGGAUCUGGAGGAUCCUGGAACAAAGGCCAACAUGAAGGAAAUGGCAGCGAUGGCUCUGUGGCAUUUAGCCAAGGGAAACUCGGCGAAUUGUCGGAGCAUUACUGAGUCGAGAGCGUUGUUGUGUUUCGCUGUGCUCCUGGAGAAGGGAACGGAGGCGGUGCAGUACAAUUCGGCGAUGGCGGUGAUGGAGAUUGCCGCGGUGGCGGAGAAAGACGCGGAGUUGAGGAAAUCGGCGUUCAAGCCAAACUCACCCGCUUGCAAGGCCGUAGUGGAUCAAGUGGUGAAGAUAAUGGAGAAAGCGGAUUCGAAGCUUCUGGUUCCCUGCAUAAAGACGAUUGGGAAUUUAGCGAGGACGUUCAAGGCGACGGAGAGUCGGAUGAUUGGGCCCUUGGUGAGGCUUCUGGACGAGAGGGAAGCGGAGGUGCUUCGGGAGGCGGCGAUUGCGCUGACGAAAUUCGCGUGCACGGAGAAUUACCUCCACGUGGACCACUCGAAGGCCAUCAUAAGCGCGGGUGGCGCCAAGCACUUGAUUCAGCUUGUGUACUUUGGGGAAGAGAUGGUUCAGAUUCCGGCGCUUGUGUUGCUUUCGUACAUCGCAAUGCACGUGCCGGAUAGUGAAGAGCUUGCUCAGGCUGAGGUGCUCGGAGUGCUGGAAUGGGCCUCCAAGCAAUCUUCCAUUGCCCAUGACCAAACUCUUGAGGCCUUGUUGCUUGAGGCCAAGAGCAAGUUGGAGCUUUACCAGUCUAGAGGCCCUAGAGGUUUCCAUAAGUUACUUCCAUAGGACCAACCAAUACAAUUAUUUGUAAAGCCUUUUUACUCAUUCAUAUUUCUUCUGCUGUCUAUACAAUCCAUAUGCCUUUUCAACCCUGUUAAUCAUUUCACUUGUUAUCUUCUAAAGUAGAUCGCUAAGUGUUGCAGGCUUUUUACUAUUCUUCGUUUUAGAAAAACACUGAACAGAUAAUAUUUUAUUGCUUUGAA